UGGGAGCCGCGCCCGGGCCUCCCGGAGCCGGAGCAGCGAUGAGCCGCGACCCGGACCGCGAGCGCCCGCUGGACGGAGGUGCGGCUCAACAGGAGACGGGUCCAAGUAGGAAGGGUGCUGUUCUCGUGAAUGGGGUCAUACUGAACGGCCCCACGACAGAUGUGAAAGCAGGAGAGAAAUUUGUUGAAGAAGCCUGGAGGCUAAUAAUGGAAGAGGUGGUUUUGAAGGCUACAGACGUCAGUGAGAAGGUCUGUGAGUGGCGGCCUCCCGAGCAGCUGAGACAACUCCUGGAUUUGGAGCUGAGAGACAGCGGAGAGCCGCACGGCCGGCUGCUGGCACUCUGCCGGGACGUCAUCCGCUACAGCGUCAAAACCAACCAUCCAAGAUUUUUCAACCAGUUAUAUGCUGGACUUGAUUAUUACUCUUUGGUGGCCAGAUUUAUGACAGAAGCAUUGAAUCCAAGUGUUUAUACGUAUGAGGUGUCCCCAGUGUUUCUGUUAGUGGAAGAAGCAGUUCUGAAGAAAAUGAUUGAAUUUAUUGGCUGGAAAGAAGGGGAUGGAAUAUUUAACCCAGGUGGUUCAGUGUCCAACAUGUAUGCCAUGAAUUUAGCUAGAUACAAAUUCUGUCCUGACAUUAAGGAAAAGGGGCUGUCUGGCUUGCCAAGAUUAAUCCUUUUCACAUCAGCAGAGUGUCAUUACUCCAUGAAGAAGGCAGCCUCUUUUCUUGGGAUUGGCACUGAGAACGUUUGCUUUGUGGAAACAGAUGAAAGAGGUAAGAUGAUACCUGAGGAACUGGAGAAGCAAGUCUGCCAAGCCAAGAAAGAGGGCACGGCACCGUUCCUCGUCUGUGCCACCGCGGGGACGACGGUGCUGGGGGCCUUUGACCCUCUGAACGAGAUAGCUGACGUCUGUGAGCGGCAUGGCCUCUGGCUCCACGUGGACGCUUCCUGGGGUGGCUCAGCCUUGGUGUCAAGGAAGCACCGCAACCUUCUGCAUGGCAUCCACAGGGCUGACUCUGUGGCCUGGAACCCACACAAGAUGCUCAUGGCUGGAAUUCAGUGCUGUGCUUUCCUUGUGAAGGACAAAUCCGACCUCCUUAAGAAAUGCUACUCUGCCAAGGCGUCUUACCUCUUCCAGCAGGAUAAAUUCUACGAUGUCAGCUAUGACACGGGAGACAAGUCUAUCCAGUGCAGCCGGAGACCAGAUGCAUUCAAGUUCUGGAUGACCUGGAAGGCCCUGGGCACCUUAGGCCUUGAAGAAAGAGUUAAUCGGGCUCUUGCUUUGUCUAGGUACCUAGUAGAAGAAAUCAAGAAAAGAGAAGGAUUCAAGUUACUGAUGGAGCCUGAAUAUGCCAAUAUUUGCUUUUGGUACAUUCCACCGAGCCUCAGAGAGACGGAGGAAGGACCGGAGUUCUGGGCAAAACUUCAUUUGGUGGCCCCGGCCAUUAAGGAGCGGAUGAUGAAGAAAGGAAGCCUCAUGCUGAGCUACCAGCCCCACCGGGGGAAGGUCAACUUCUUCCGGCAGGUGGUGAUCAGCCCUCAAGUCAGCCGGGAGGACAUGGACUUCCUCCUGGACGAGAUAGAUCUUCUGGGCAGAGACAUGUAGCUGUGGCUUUUGGUCCCCCAGAGGCAUGAGUCCUGCAACGGAGGAGGGUGACAGAUCCAGGGCCUCUGGGGACACCCAGGUGAUUGCAGCCCCUUGGGUGAGAAAUCGGCAACACACACCAUCCUUGCCCCGCAAAACCAAGAUGCUAAUAAGCAAAUAGUGUUAAGGACGCUUUAGCUGCCUUAGCGCGACAGUUGCAAUAAUGGAGGUAGUGAAAAUGGACUUUCUCAGGGAUAAUCCCUGGGGCUGAGCCUUGAAGAGAGCUUAGUAAGUCCCACGUGGGCUCCGGGUGCUAAACUUUCAUUGCAUACAAGUGAGUAGGUUAUAUUAAGGCAGUGAUUCUCAAAGCAUGGUCCCCAGACCAUGGGCAUCUGCAUCACUUAGGAACUUGUUAGAAGUGCAGGUUCUCAGCCCCGCCCUGGACCUACUGAAUCAGAAACUCUGGGGGUGGGCAGGAUAGUCUGUAUGUUAACAAGCCUUCCAGGUGAUUGUGAUAUAAGGCAAAAUCUGAGAACCGGUGGUUUAGCAAAACUUUGAACUGGCUGAAUACUCACUCUGAUGUUUGGCCAGCAAAGGGGUAUCUGAUAUUUCAGUGGUCCCUGAGCCAGACGUUGCAAAUACCGUGGAGGCUUCCAUAGUGCAAAUGUCUAGGGGCAUCAGAAGUAGAUCAAAGCUAUUUUUUAAAAGAGAAACUGUAUGAGAUGUUUACUCUAAAAAAUGUAUCUCUUAUGCAGGCUGAAUGUUUAGUCUCAACAGUUAAAAUGCAGCAUCAUCUAUUCUAAAUUAUUUAACUUAGAGGUAAGGGGAAAAGACGAACACUUGGUAGCGUAGCCCUUUUAACGGAAGCGAUAGACCUAGUUCACUUCCCAGUGUCACUUGUAUCCGUAACUGGGAGUAGACAUCAGGUCUACAUGUCUCUACUUAGGUACGUUUUUUAGCUCGAGGGGCCCUUUUCUAGUCUUGCUCUCUGCUUGUAGGAAGUAACCAGAGUGAAGUUUAGGCUGAUACAACAUUCCCUUUCUCAAGCUUUGAAAUGCCAGUGUAGACUAUUAAGUGGUUUAUAUUGGACAGAGAAUCCGGGAAUUAGAGGACUUUCAAUGCAGACACCUCCUCCGUUUCUCCUGGGAGUGGAUAAUUGUAAUUCUGUCUCUGAUCCUGGUCCUAGAGAUUUCUAGCAGAAUCUUAUUUGACUACGAAAUAAACACUAAAUUCAGAGGUGUGGGUGCAGAGGUCAACGAGGUACAAGCAUGAGUCUGUUUAGACCUCUGAUUUGGGUGGCAAAUGAUUGACGUGUUGGAGUAUUAGACGUAGUGUAUUCAACAACCAUUUUGUACUCUGUCAUUAGCUUGUGUUGUUUCAAUUUUGAAGAGUAAAAAGCAGACGUGUAUUAUUUGCUUUUAUUCCAGAUUUGCAUUUUACGGUGUGUGGUUUCUCAAUAUCGCCAUCGGUCAAAGAAUAUUUUAAUCUUUCUCUGAAUUACUUCGAUCUCUGGUGAUAAUAUUUGUGUGUGUGUUACAUUUCUUGUUGCCUUUUUCCUUUAAUGUCUUUAUAAAACGUUCUGAGAUUGAUAUUUGCAGCAGUUUGGGUUUCAUGAAAUAAAAAGCAACUUUAGGCCACA